CCUUGUGCAGUUCCAUAUCUAACCUUCUCCAUCUACCACUACCAGAUGGCCAUCCCCUUUCUUGUUUUAAAUACAGUAUGAGAGAGAGGGAGAGAAGAGAGGAGAGAAAUGGAAGAAGUGAUGUUAUCAAAACAGUUUAGCUUGCUUACUUUCAAGGAAGAAGAAAUCCAUUGUAUUGGUAGAGCUUUUAACGGUUCCAAUUUGCUUGCAAGAGAAAAUAAAUUGGUUUGUGUAACCAGUGGCAACUCUUUCUUGGGUUCACAUAUUGUUAAGAAGCUCUUGGCUGAUGGGUACCUUGUUAGAGUCACCAUUCAAAACCAAGUGGAUUUUGAAGACAUGAGAGCUUUAAUGAAAGAUGAAGAGAUUACUAAACUAGAGAAUGUUGUAGUUGCAAAAAUGCAAGAUUUGGGAAGUCUCUGUGAUGCAUUUAGAGGUUGUCAUGCUAUUUUCCAUACCUCAUCAUUCAUCGAUCUUCACGGAGUUUCUGGCUAUUCAGAACAAAUGGCAUUUCUUGAGACAGAGGCUGCAAAGAAUGUUAUUGAAGCUUGCAGUAGGUCAGCAUAUGUCAAGAGGUGUAUUUUCACUUCUUCUCUUCUUGCAUCAAUCUGGAUUAAUGACAAGCUUGAAGGUACCAUUGACGAGAGUUGUUGGAGCAGUGAAGAAUUCUGUAUAGAAAAUAAGCUUUGGCUUGCCUUGGGUAAAAUGAAAGCAGAGAAGGCAGCUUGGAGGAAAUCAAAGGAAUUGAAAGUGAAGCUUGUAACCAUUUGCCCUGCACUUCUUAUGGAUCCUUCAUUCCCUUCUGCUCAUAGAAACAGCUCUCUGCCAUAUCUUAAAGGUUUCUCGAAAAUGCUACAACGAGGCAUUCUAGCAACUGGGGAUGUUAACAAGGUAGCAGAAGCACACGUUCGUGUUUAUGAAGCCAUCGAUGGUGGAGCUUAUGGGAGAUAUCUUUGCUUUGAUAAGGUAGUUCAGAGACUGGAUGAGGCUCUUCAACUUGAAGAUGAACUUAAGAGACAUGGAUUAAGUUUAGUUUUGCCUCAAGAAAUAGAAGAAAUACAUAGCAAUCUCAGCAAUUUCAAACUUCCUAGAUUGUUACUUCAAGCCUCUCAAAGCAAAUCUUGCAGACAGUAAAAAGGAGUUCAUGAAAUUCUUAAUUUGUUUUGUCCUUUUAAAUUAUGUACAAACUUGGGAGCUAAAUAUGAAAAGAUUAUUUAGGCUCGGUUUGUUUCAGGAAAA